UUUCCAAUUCUCUCUUCUAUUCUUUGGUAUAUUAUCUCUUUCAGUUUACCAAAAAUGAAGUUCUCAAAGCUAUUCCUUUUGGUAGCUUUGAUCACCAUCUCUCAUUAUGCAGCUCAGGCAGCUGAAGUUGAAAUGAGCAACAAAGAGAAUGCUACUUCGUCGGAUGACGAAGUUUUCGAUCAACUUCCUCACGCGGCGACCGGAAAUUAUCCGUCGGGUUCGCUUCGCGGCCUUCUCUUUAACUUCGAGUCUCUGCAGAAGGGAGUGACGUGUAACAAAUACCCGAGAGUUUGUCGAGCUAAGGGCAGCAAAGGGCCAGAUUGUUGCAACAAGAAAUGUGUAAAUGUGGAGACGGAUAGGAAUAACUGUGGAAUGUGUGGGAAUAAAUGCAAGUACUCGAGGAUAUGCUGCAAUGGAAGGUGUGUGAAUCCGAUGUUCAAUAAGAAGCAUUGUGGAGGUUGCAACAAUGAGUGCAGUAAAGGAAGCUUAUGUGCGUAUGGGAUGUGUGAUUAUGCUUAAUUAAUGAAGCUAAUUAAGCUAGUCCAUGGCAUGGCUAUACAUGUAGAAAUUUAUCAUUUGUUUGGAUUACAGAUUUAGGGUUGAUCAUAUAAUUUGAUAGGGUUUGUUCUUGCAUGUGUAGUAAUAAGAGGCAAGGUCAAUACUGGGCUUUGCCAUGAUCAAAGUUCGUCAUUCUUUGGUUUCUUAAUUUUCAUUAAACUGGGAAAAGUCUAAAGAUUAAUGGCUUAAUUGAUUGUGUGUGACAU